GUUAAAUUCGGAUUUAAAUGUAUAAAAUAGUUGAGUUAUCGCGUCCAUCGUUACUCGACCGUUCCACCAUGUUCAGGAAGUUACUGAUUGCGUUCGGGUUGGUUGCGGCCGCGGCUGCCACGUGUCGCCCGGGGGCCUUCGAGUGCGCUCCCCAGUGCAUUCCUCAGCGCUGGGUCUGCGAUGGGCGUGACGACUGCUGGGGAGAUGGGGAAGACGAGCUCAGCUGCGGCACGUGCGCCGAGGGCUACUUCCACUGCGCCGAGAACAAGUGCAUCGCGGAGCACCAGGUAUGCAACCGCUACGACGACUGCGAGGGAGGCGAGGACGAAAUCAACUGCCCCGUGAACCCCCAGCCAUGUCCCGAGGGCAGCUUCCAGUGCCCCGACGGCGGCCCGUGCAUCCUGGAGCAGUUCGUGUGCGACGGCCACAUGGACUGCUACGGAAACGAGGAUGAAACUGGCUGCAGCUCUUGCAACGGCGGCUUCCACUGCGAUGACGACACCUGCAUAUACGAGAUCUACAUGUGUGACGAGAGGGAGGAUUGUCCCAAUGGGGAGGACGAGGCGGCGUCAGAUUGCGAGUGCCGUGACACCGAUUUCGUCUGCAACAACGGCCAUUGCCUCCCUGACUACAUGGUAUGCGACGGGACAGCCCAUUGCCACGACGGGGAAGAUGAAGCAAAUUGCACGUGACCCCCGCUUGUCCCGAGCACAGAGUUCCUUCCUCUACAAACUCGCCAGAAUCCCCAAGAACUAAGGACUCCCUUCUUGCGACUCCCCGGCCCCUGGCGUAGGACUCACCUUCGUCAGUCGCUCGGGGAAAAAAAACCUGCCAGCGUGGGUGACUCCUGCAAACUAUGCUUUCACUUCCUCGCUUGGGAAUCGCAGCGCGCCAGGCUGGGUCGGUUUUGGAAAGCUGGAUUGUACUUUGAAUAAUUGUUUAAUUCUUAC